UUACUUACGCCUGCUACUCCCAAUCGAGCAUAGGCCGCCGACCAGCAUUCUCCAACCCACUCUGUCCUGGGCCUUCUUUUCUAAUUCCAUCCAAUUCUUGUUCAUCUUUUUCAUGUAUAUUUCCAUUUCUUGGUGUAAUGUGUUCUUUGGUCUUCCUCUUUUCCUUUGGCCUUGAGAAUUCCAUGUGAGGGCUUGUCUUGUGACGCAGUUGGGUGCUUUCCUCAAUGUGUGUCCUAUCCACUUACAGCGCUUCUUCCUGAUUUCUUCCUCCGCUGGGAUCUGGUUUGUUCUCUCCCACAGUACGUUGUUGCUAAUAGUGUUCGGCCAACGGAUCUGAAGUAUUUUGCGUAGACAACUGUUAAUAAACACCUAUAUCUUCUGGAUGAUGGCUUUCGUAGUUCUCCAGGUUUCCGUCCCAUACAGUAGAACUGUCUUGACAUUUAUAUUGAAAAUCCUGACCUUAGUGUUGGUUGACAGUUGCUUUGAGUUCCAGAUGUUCCUCAGUUGUAAAUAUGCUGCUCUUGCUUUGCCGAUCCGUGCCUUCACAUCUGCAUCAGAUCCACCUUGUUCAUCAAUGAUGCUGCCCAAAUAUGUAAAGGUUUUUACAUCUUCCAAAUCUUCUCUGUCAAUUGUGAUUGGAUCGGUGCAUGCUGUGUUGUAUCGGAGAACCUUGCUCUUCCCUUUGUGUAUAUUGAGACCUACUGCUGCUGAGCCUGCUGCUACACUGUUCGUCUUCUCCUGCAUUUGUUGUUGCGUUUGGGAUAGAAGGGCCAGAUCAUCUGCGAAGUCCAGAUCGUCCAACUGCAUCCUAGAUGUCCAUUGUAUCCCGUGCUUCCCUUCAGAUGUUGACGUCUUCAUGAUCCAGUCGAUCACCAAGAGAAAGAGAAAGGGUGAGAGUAAGCAACCUUGCCUAACACCGGUCUUCACUUCAAACGACUUUGUCAACUGUCCUCCAUGCACGACUUUGCAGUGUAAUCCAUCAUAUGAGUUCUGUAAGAUAUUGACUAUCUUCUGAGGCACGCCGUAGCGUCGAAGAAGUUUCCAUAGUGUUGUCUUGUCCACGCUAUCAAAUGUCUUUUCGUUGUCAAUGAAGUUGAUAUAGAGUGAUGAAUUCCAUUCAAUUGAUUGUUCCACAAUGAUCCGUAGAGUUGCGAUUUGGUCAAUUCAUAAUUAGUGAUAAAUUAUAUAUUGACUAUUACAAAAAUCUCAUAGGGAAAAUUAUGUUUUAUGUAUA